CAGACAUCUCUGGCACCGGGAGUCCCUCCCGCCAAUCAUCGCAGCGUCUCGCGUCGCGCACCCAACGGGCACGCGCCCACGCGGGACACCUGUUCGACGAAUUGCCCCGCCAGGCCGCCAGGCCGGCCCUUCCCCGCGCCAUGGCGUUGCCACGCGCCGCGCUUGGCCAGCCGCCGUUCUCGCCGUGCCCCGCGCGCCCCGCCAGCUGCUUUUCGACCUCGACGACAGGCUCCGGGCCUAGCCUCGCGUGCUCCCGAACGCAGCAUCCCGGCGUCGGCGCGCCGCAGCGCGCGUACCCCAGGAUCGAGGCGACGGUGAGGCGCGGCGCGCGCACGGAGAACCCCAAGGUCAGGAACCGACGGCUGCAGAAGAAGUUCAAUGGCACCGCGACGAAGCCCAGGCUGUCGGUGUUCUGCUCCAACUGGCAGCUCUACGCCGUGCUCGCCGACGACCACAACAAGAAGGUCCUCUUCUACGGCAGCACCCUGCAGAAGUCCAUCUGCGGCGACCCGCCCUGCAGCACCGUGGAAGCUGCCCGGAGGGUUGGGGAGGAGCUCGUCAGGGCGUGCGAGGAGCUCGGCAUCUCCGAGAUCUCCUACGACCGCAACGGCUUUGCUCGAGGCGAGAAGAUGAUGGCGUUCGAGGUUCCCGUCUCACAGCACGGGUUCCUGCCAAGAUAAGGAGGCACCAGGAGACGAGAAAGGAAGUUUGUUCCAUUCCAUUCCAUGUGAUACUGUAAUUUGUGUGAUCCAUCAGUCCUUCAACAUCAUGUAGUUCAUAUUUCACAGCAGUCACUAAGCAAGUCAGGCAUUGUCAGCAAGGACAGUUUCUUCCGGCGCUAGACAUGAUUCCAGAACUGACGGCUCAGCCCUCAUUACAUCCUCCCAAUUUGCUCAUCUAGGUGAAGAUGCCGAAGCCUGAAAGUGGACAUAAUAGGUACUAUGUCCUACGGCGAAGCUAUUGAAACUGGGAGUUUUGUUCCCGAUUGUGGGGAAACCAUGAAUUCUGCACAUCUGGAUCGACGGAAGUUUUUACAAAGGAAUGGUAUAGCUUCAUCACUGACCACUUUUUUGCACCAAGCUACCCAUUCCAACAUGCUGGAUCCUGGACUGGAGCACCUGUGAUGAAUGCCAAUAUCAGUUGGCUAUGCCAAACAUGCCUAUUAAGCAGCAACCAGAAAGUUAUGUAUAGACUUAGACCAAGCGCAGCUAGACAAGAAAAUGAAUGAUCCACCAAUAAGCUUUCUCGGUAUUUUUAAGUUCAAGUGACACUAUUAUUUAGGAGUAGAAAACAGAGAGACAAAGCUGAUACCUGUACUCACAAAAACAAGCAGUUUGCUCGUUCUCAGGUCUGUCCCAGUUAUGCCACCCAACAGGCUCUAUGCAGUGAUCCUGAUCCAUAAAAGUCUCCACAAAAACAACCCUCCCGAAGGGAUCCCAAGGCCGACCUAGGUACAUGUACACAGCUUCGCCAUUACCUGUAAUAACACACCUAGAUGGUAUCAUUUCACUUAGCAUGUAAGCUCUCUAUAAGAAGUAAAAGGAAAUGUUAAACUCACAAAUGCAAGGAAAUAUCAUUAUGCCUCGUACUGUUUGUGUUAUGCAAGGCAACCCAACUUUGAAGAUUGCGAUGAGCUCACUCUAGUCUCUAGAUAAUCACGUAGUAGGUUUCCAUUAAAAGUUAUAGUGAGAAUACUGGUGGGUAGUAAACUCACUUGAAGAAUACAAAGCCAGUUGAUUCAGAAGAGGACUUCCGGCCAUGAGCAGUGAUAUAUCCUGUUGAUUUGCAGUGGGUAUGGCAAUGCUCCAGAAGGGCAGUAGAAUCCCCGAAGAUAAAGUCACAAUUACCUUCAAUGUAACAGUUUUUGAAGAACUGCUUUCCACCAUGCAAAUGUAAGGUUUCCUGAAUGAUUUUGCAUAGGAAAUUAGAAAAUCUGAAAGUAACAAAACAAUAAACUAAAUAAUGACCAAUAUGUUUAUGCCUCCAAUCUCCAUA